CUAUCAAAGUGAAACGGUGGGAGUUUGGGCAAGUGAGAGUGAAAGAUUAUAAACGGUAGCUAAGGUCAUAUCAUUAUCAUAUAUCGCGAGUUGGAACCUGUUCUUGCGAGGUGUCACCUUUUUAAGUUGCAAAUGCAUUAACCUUUGGAGCUGGCCAAGCCCAGAUCAGUGGUGUACGCGUCUCAUUUCGAGCCCUCGUAAAUUUUUCUGAGCGAGACUCGACUCGACUCGACUCGGGUUAGGGUGCGGUUCCUUGUGGGGUUAAACCGUGACCAUGACUCGGAAAAAGAAGCCCAAUCAAUCGUUUUAGGCCGCUAAUCACUUGACUUGGUUUUGUUAUAGUCUGAAGUCCCCUUUUUCUUGCCUCGCGAUAAAGUCCCCAAAUCACCCACGCAUUCCCAGCCAACCUCUCUCGCACUCUCCAUUAUCAUCUUCUCUCUCGAAAUGACAACCGGCACGGAGAAUCUCGCCACCGGCACCACUCUUCUCCAAGACAAUCCUAGCAAAACCCUAGACGCGACAGCUCCUGCGCUCGCCAAGCCAGAUCGUCUCGAGGAUUCCACCAUCAUCUCCCCAUCCAUCGUUAAUUCAGAUGCGGACGCUCUUAAGAAGGACGGCGAGGAUUCAAAGAGCGGCAAGGGCACGGCGGUUAGCUCGCGUUCAGGAGAUACAGCCCCAGUCACUGACACAGAGAAGAAGAUCCGCCGCGCUGAGCGUUUUGGGAUCACUGUUCAGUUGUCUGAGGAAGAGAAACGCAAUUCUCGAGCUGAAAGGUUUGGCACUGGGGUUGAAUUAAAGACUUCAGAGCAGCUGAAGAAG